AAAACUUAUCGUUCCGAGAUAGAUGCAUUUGUUUCACAUUUUUUAGGCGCAGACACUUAAACAAAAUGCACAAUUAAAUUAUGAUAAUGCGCGCAGUAAUUUGGGAAGCUUAAACGAACUGCUAGAACAGUCAGAAAAUGAGCGAAAAUCAAAAGAAGAACAAAUUAAUUCACUCCGUGAUGAAUUAAACCAUCAAGACGAAGUAAUUGCUAAGCUCAACAAGGAAAAAAGACGACAAGAAGAUCAGUGCCGACAAAUGGAUCAGGACUUACAGGCAACACAAGAAAGUCGUAUAUUACAAAGUAAUCGAGAAAAAAGUAAGUUAGAACGAGCAAUUGAUGAAGUAGAAGACCGUAUUGAACGUGAACAUCGAAAUCGCUUGCAAAAAGAAAAAUAUAAACGUAAAAGCGAAGGAGAAUUAAAACUUAUUGAGGAACAACUUGAAGAAUUAAACAAAGCAAAAGGAGAACUGGAAAGAAAGAUUCAACAGGCUGAAAUAAUUAUACGAGAUUUAGGAGUGAAAAUUGAAGAACAAGAAGCAUUUACAAGUCAUAUUUAUAAGCAAACAAAAAUUAGCAACAUACGCAUUCAAGAUCUUGAAGAAGAAAUUGAGAGUGAAUAUCAAACAAGACAAAAAUCAGAUCGAUUACAAUGUGAUCUUCAACGUGAAAUAACGGAAGUUUCAGAGCAUUUGCAAGACCAUAUGGGCAUGAUGGAUGCUCAAAUUCAAAUGAAUAAGAAAAAAGAGCUAGAAAUUAUAAGAUUGCGUCAGGAAUUGGAGGAAUUUAAUAUUAGUCAGGAAAAUAUGCUUGCCAAUUUUAGGAUGGAAAAUAUGCAAAAAGUAACUGUACAAAAUAGUGAUUUAGAACGAUUACGUGUGGAAAAAACAAACAUUGAUAAAGAAUGUGAAGAAAUGAGCAGUGAAAAAGAACGUAUAAAUGAAAUAUUAGACGGAGAACGAAAACGUAAACUUGAGCAGGAACGUUUACUUAAAAUGACCCAUAUUCAAAUUACUGAAUUAAAGAAAAAAUGGGAUGACCAAAUGAAAAAGAUUCAGGAACUGACAUUUCAAAAAAGUCGUAUUGCAAAUGAAAAUGCACGUCUGCAACAACAAAUUGACGACUUACAAAUGCAAAUUACAAAUAUGCAAUUGUCAAAAGCACAGCAUGACAAUCAUUUGCAGGAUUUACGAAAAAGAUUGGAAGAGGGUGCUAAAGAACGGUCAUCGUUAGAUUUAAUUGCUAAAUCUUUAAACUAUGAUAUUAAGCAAUUAAAUGACAGUAUUGAAUCAGAAGAAUCAGAAAAAGUAGAGUUAAGACGAAUUCUUAGCAAAAAAAACGCUGAAGUACAGCAGUGGCAUGAACGAGUUGAAGGAGCAGAAUUAAUCGAAGUAAGUGAGUUAGAUGAACUGAAGCAAAAACAGCAAAUGCAAAUAAUACAACUGCACGAAUCAUUGGAUGCAACAAAUUCCAAGAUAACAGCUAUUGAAAAGUUAAAAAAUCAUCUUACGAAUGAUAUUGAAGCAACACGUGUAGAAUGUCAACUUCAUAUGGCAACAGCAACAAAUUUAGAACGGAAGCAAGCAGAAAGUAAUCGUGAAAUUCAAAUAUUCAAGCAAAAUGUUAACAAUAUACGCUGUGAAGUUAAUGCUAUUCUACGUGAUAAAAGAAACGUAAGUAGCAAUUUAUUUAAAUUGCAAUCAACAAAUGAAGGAUUUGAAGAGCAAGUGGAAUUAUCAAAACGUGAAAACAAAACACUCAUUCAAGAAUUGAAAAUAUUGAAAGAUCAGUAUGACAAUGGUGCAAGAACAUUUCAUGAAAUGCAAAAGUUAAUCCACAAACUGAAAAUCGAAAAAGAAGAACUGCAACAAGCGUUAACUGAAAGUGAAGAUUCUUUGCAUAUGGAAGCUACAAAAGUUACAAAAUUACAAAAUGAUAAGGAGCAGUGUAAACUUGAUUUAGAGAAGCAGUUUCAAAGCAGGGAAGAGGAAUUUAAUUUGAUUCAGCGCAAUCAUGAACAUGCUACAGAAUCACUUCAAACUUCACUUGAUAUUGAAAGGAAGUCAAAAGCUGAAUUGUUAAAUCAGAAGAAACAACAUGAAAUGAAUAUUAAUGAAUUGGAGAUAGAAUUGGAUCAAGCAAGUCGGGUAAAUGUGGAUAUGCAAAAAAGUAUUAAACGUUACAUAGAACUUAUCAAAAAUCUUCAAAAACAAUUAGAAGAAGAACAACAAACUCGACAAGGAUUUUCUAGUAAUCAAAUUUCAACUGAAAAAAGAAUCGCUGUUAUAAACUCCGAAAAUGAAGAAAUUACGACAAGUAUUAUGAAGCUUGAACGAGCAGUGAAUCAGCACAACAAUGACUGGAAAGAAUGUUGUGAGAAAAUCAAAGAAUUAGCUUCUAAAAAUAGCACUUUGACCUCAGUUAAACGGAAGCUAGAAGGAGAAAUUCAAAUAGCCAGAGAUGAUGUUCAAGAAGUAUUAAAGCAGCUGAAAGCGAUGGAUGAGUGUAAUUCGAAGGCAAGCGCAGAUUCAGUUCGGUUAACUGAAGAAGUCAGUCAAGAACGUGAACAUGCACAGCACAUUGAACGUCUUUCCAAAGGUCUCGAAUUGACGCUAAAAGCAACAAAAGCAAAACUAGAGGACACAGAAAUGGCUGCACGUAAAGGUAUUCAACGUAUGAUAGCUGAGGAAGAAAAACGGAUUAAGAUACUGCAGCAGGAAGUGGAUAAAGAGUGCAGUCAAGCACAAGAUGCUACGCGAUUAUUCCAUAAAAAUUCGAGACGAUCUCGAGAAAUCAAACUCCAACUUGACGAAGAUCAGAAGGCUUUUACACGUCUUGAUGAAUUAAUGAAUAAAUUGCAAAAAAGUUUAAAAGCUCAAAAAAUUCAUCUUGAUGAAAAUAGCAAUCUUGUAUUGUCAAAUCAACAGAAGUAUCGAGAACUGCUAAUGCAGUUAGAAAAUGCAGAAGAACGGGCUGCUGUAGCUGAGAAUAGCUUGCUAAGAAUGCGUACAAAGUCUCGAAUAGGAAAUACUUUGAUGAAUUCGCAAAAUGAAGUCCUAAACAGUGAUCAAGUAGUCGAGAAACAAUGA